AUGGGCAGGCAAGGCGCCGAUCCUAGCCCCACGGUCGCGAGCUCUUCCAUCGCCCUGCUGCAAGAGAGGUUCAGGGAGCUGCAGCGAGUGAAGCAGAGAAGGGAAGAGAGAGAGCUGAUGAGACUGUCGCUCGAGCCGGACCUGGCGGCAGCUCCUGCCAGGAACCCGGAUCGUCAGGCCAAGUUUGGUCUCCAACCCGGCAUCAGUUCAAGUUCUUCUUCCGCUCAGGAUUAUUGCUCUCUCUCGCUCGGCCUCGGGGCUCAUGCCAACGGCGACAUAGCCGGUUCGGGAGUAGUGAAGACCGACCCUAGGUUGGGCUUAUGGCCUGGCAACGAUAGACCGGCAAUUUCAGGAACAUCGAAAGGUUUCGAGAGCCCUGAUGUGGAUACGUCCCUCCAUCUGUAG